UUUUUAUUGAUUAACAAAAAAAUACUUUUAAAAAUAAAAACAAACAAUAUUAUUUUAAUAUAAACCAAAAAUUAAUUUUCUUUACUUAAUUGUUAUAAUAAGUUAAUUAGUUAAAUUUAAUCAAGAAAUUUCUUUUUAAAUAUAUUCACAAAAUUAUGAAAUAUUAUAUUUUAAAUUACUAUCAAGGGUUUUAUCACUAUCUUAUUUAAAACUUGAUUAAAGAUUUCUUCUUUUAAUUAUUGGAGAUUGACAAAUUUGGAGAGAAUUUUAUCUUAUAAUUUUUUAAUCACUAUUAAGUUAAUUUUGUAAUUAAUCAUAUGUAUCUUUUCGCUUUUUACUAUAAAAAUCAUCAUGCUUUUAUGGUAAAGUAAUGAAUAUAUUUUUUGAAUCAAGCCAUUCAUGUAUUUUGAUUUCCAAAUCAUUAGUAGAGUCAAUUAAUAAUGUGUCAAAAUCAAAUAUAUUUUGUUAAUUAUUAUCUGAAAAUGCUU